UAUUAGUAUUGACUUUUUGUAUCCACUUUCUUGCAUAAUCUAAUUGUACCAAGUCCAAUUCAUUAGCAUGGAUUGGCACGGCAAUAGUACCACAUCAGCAACAUGAAAAAACAACAAGUGAGUGAGCAUGGGAAAAUAUCCUCUAUAUUCUUCUUCUUCUUCUUCUUCUUCUUCUUCUUCUUCUUCUUCCCCUCUUCUUCUUCCCCUCUUCUUCAACCGCCCAUUACACAAUAUAUACACACAUGUCGUCAUCAUUUCGAGCCAGGCCAUCUGUGUCUAUUCUCCACCACCAACUACAGCCAACCAACAUCACAUUAUCCGCCUUCCCUCCACCCAUCUCCCAAGAAAAAAACAAACAGCCAAACAAAAAAACCCUUGGCAUCUGUCUAUUAUGCAUUCCAUCACGCCGCCCAGAUGCGAGAACAACAAGGACAAGAAAGAAUAAGAAAAGUAACCAGCCAUAGACCCCAACAACCCCAACCCCAACCCCCAAAAAAAACACAUGGUGGGGAAGCCAAGGCUGAAUCCAACCAGGCAAGAUAUAUAAAAUGCACAAGUAUGCUCCUUCCUUCCCUCCCAAUGAUUUCCAACCCAAAAAAAAGAAAGGAAGAAAAAGCCCUAUUCUCUUAUAAACACCCAUGAAACCCCAAGAACCUAUGCAAUUGAAGGAAAGAUGAAAAAGCUUUUAGUGUCGACCAGAGAAAGAAAGAGAAAGAAAAUUGAUGAUGAUGUAUGGGGGUAUUUAAUAUUGAGAAAGUAAAUAAAAAAGAAA